AUGGUAUCCAAGCUCCUAGUAACCUUCGUGCUUUGCAUUUGUUUGCCUGCUGCGAUCAUCGGUUCCCCACAAGACGUUGCGAAAAUUAUAAGCACGGCCCAGGAACGUGUCCGUCUAACUAAACGCCCGAUUUUGGUGGUCAGCGAUUAUAAUGGAGUUCUGGUCAAAAAAGUCAAGAACGAAGAAACUCCUCAAAAAGACAUGGAAUUUCUCCGGAACGAAGUCUUAUCACCCCUUACGGGGGCCGGACAUACGGUUUACGUUGCAUCUUCAAAGCCAGCACCUAAACUUCAAGAACUCUUGGGAGGGGUUCCUCAAUUGGGACUAUCCGCCGAGCAUAAUAUGAUGGUUAAAUACCCAGGUUCAGGUCGAUUUCACCCCACGACAAUUGAAUCAAGAACAUGGGAAACAAAACUUUCACAAAUAAAAAUACCCGAUGGGGAUGGCUGGAAGAAAAAGGGGGAGCAUCAGUUUUCAACAAUUAUAGAAUUUCCCCCCAGCUAUGGUGGUGACCGAGCUCAGGCCUAUCUCAAAAAUGAGCUCCGCAAAGUGGGCGCUACAGAUUACGAAGCGGUUCUUGACAAAAGCAAACCCCAGGUCAUGCUGGCCCACACGAAACGGGGAAAGGGCGAUGUGGUUAUACAAGAGCUCACGAAUCAUGAAUUUGCGCAUGGAGUCUCUUUUGGUGAUAAAGUAGCCGACGAGGGCAUGCACAAGGCCAUGCGUGCCGCGGGCUUUCAUGGAGUCGUUGUUGGCGGAUCGCCGAAAGAGGCACAGGACAAUGGAUUUCUUCAUCUUAGUGGUCCCGAAGAGGUACAUGAGGUGCUGCGAGGAUUGGCUCAGAUCCGAGUUGAAAGUCAAUGA